CCCCUUCUUUUGAAAGUUCGGAUAAAUUAUCAAGAGAAUUGAUGGACUCAAACCAGGAUAGACAAAUGGCUAGCUUCGAGGUAGACCUCAUUGCCAUUCAGGGACAAGUAGAAGAGAAAAAUAAUUUUAAAGCCUACAUGCUAAGAUUCAUAUCGAUAGUAUUCUUCUCAGCUAGCAUUGUACUAUCAAAGUUAGCCUAUGUCGGAAACCCAGCAAUUGGAGGAUUUGAUUAUGGAUUCUUUAGAGGAGGAUUCCUAAUGCUUGCCGGGAUUAUUGAAGCGAUGUACUUUGGUGUAAAUGUAACAAAAAUCCCAAGAAAAAUUACUACAACAGUGAUAUUUAGGAUUCUUACUGGAGCUGUAGGCAUGCCAUGUUUCUUCAUUGCAAUCAAGUACAUUCCUACAAGUCAAGGAGCCAUUAUCACAAGUUUGAACCCUCUAAUUGGCACAAUAUUGGCAUUCUUCUUUCUUUCUGAGAAUUUCCCAAAGAGGAAUAUUAUAUUCUUAAUGUCAGCUUGUUUGGGGGUUAUCUUGAUUAACCUUACCAAACCAAGUAGCAGCACAGUAUCAGAUAAUUCAAGUAUGUAUGCAAUAGGGUUUUUGUUAUGCCUCAUUUGUCUGACUUUCCUUUCCACUGGUGUUGUAUGUAGCAAGCGCAUUAACCAACAUGUUCACUCUGUGUACUCUCCGUUUUAUUUCUCGUUUGGAGUGUUUCUAAAUGCAGUUGUGACACUGAUUUUUUUUGGUGACCAACUCCAUUUUGCUGAGUACAAACUCAGAGAUGUUCUCCUCUUGAGCUCAGGAUGUAUUUCGAGCUAUCUGUCUGAAUCUUUAUUAAGCUACGCUACAAAAUUUACCAAAGCAGUCAACUUGCAGCCGAUAAGUUAUCUGAAUCCAUGCACUCUUCUAAUCAUCGAUAUCGCACUAUUCCACUACAACUUUGAACAGCUUUACUUCAUCGGAUUCAUUUUAAUAUUUGUAUCUGUGCUAGUGCCAAUUUUAAUCGAUUGGUUUAAAUAA